AAUGAAGGAAGAAUAGUUUCUCAAACCGAACCAAACCGGAUUUUCCUCCGACAACGAUCUCCGUGAUCUCCAUCCCUUUGCGUGUCUUCCCUUACAAUCUCUCUCUCUGUGAGCAUCCGUGCAUGCCUUCGAUCUCCCAAGAGAGAGCCUUCUGAUCGGAGAUCCUGACAAUGGCGGCGUAUAGGGCAGACGAUGAUUACGAUUACCUCUUCAAAGUCGUCUUGAUAGGAGAUUCCGGUGUCGGUAAAUCCAAUCUGCUCUCUCGAUUCACUCGCAACGAAUUCAGCCUCGAGUCCAAAUCCACCAUCGGAGUCGAAUUCGCCACCCGAAGCAUCCGCGUCGAUGAUAAGAUCGUCAAGGCCCAGAUUUGGGACACCGCUGGUCAGGAAAGAUACCGGGCGAUCACGAGCGCAUACUACAGAGGAGCGGUGGGAGCAUUGCUGGUCUAUGAUGUGACAAGGCAUGUAACGUUUGAGAACGUGGAGAGAUGGUUGAAGGAGCUUCGUGACCACACAGAUGCCAACAUUGUGAUAAUGCUGGUCGGGAACAAGGCAGAUCUCCGCCACUUACGAGCCGUGUCGACAGAGGACGCAAAGGCAUUUGCCGAGAGAGAGAACACCUUCUUCAUGGAGACAUCUGCCCUCGAGUCCAUGAACGUCGAGAACUCUUUCACCGAAGUUCUCUCUCAGAUAUACCGUGUCGUGAGCCGGAAGGCUCUGGAUAUAGGAGAGGAUCCUGCUGCACUUCCCAAGGGGCAGACCAUCAACGUCGGGUCCAAGGAUGAUGUUUCCGCCGUCAAGAAGGUCGGAUGCUGCUCAAGUUGAUCUCAAAACCCGGAAAUUCAGACAAGGUCCCAAGUUAUGUUCCACAUGUGGGUAUGUCAUUUCUCUGGUAAUAUCCCUGUUUUCUUGGAUUCUUAGGGUUUAUUCUCUCCCCACCCAAAAAUUGAUUCAUACUUUGGAGUAGGAAGAUAACUCAUCUUUCAUUUCUUCUUCUUCUUCUAUUACUAUAGUUUUCUGCCAUAUAGAUUCACCCUUAUGUUGUUAUUUGAUAUUCUCCCCUGUUUUUGGUGUAAGUUCCUCAAAUCUCUGGAUUACAUUCAUAUUCAGUUUCUGCUAA